CCAGUGUCAAAUCCAUCACCGCUGGACUCUCCCGGUCUGCUGUAUUCUGCGUAUUGUUGCUAAGUUGGUGUUUUGGUAUUCGGUUUGCUUCUGGUUUUAGAGAUGGCCCAAGUGCAAACGAAAAAGACAAGUACUUCAGGUUUAACACUGACUGUUGUAAGUACCAUGAUUAAAAGUUUUCGAACAAUUGUAGACAAUUCUACAUAUGGAGUUUUAUCUGUUUUGAAUAUCGGUGGUAAAAAGCAAGUACCUCCGGUAGAAAAUGAGUUACUUCUCUAUUCUGCGUUUGAGUUAGCUGCCAAAAUUCGCAAAGCUCAGAUUUCAAGCGAAGAAGUUGUAAAAGCCUACAUUCAUCGUAUAAGUGAAAUCAAUGGACUCAUCAAUGCUGUAGUAGAGGGUCGGUAUAUUGAAGCCAUAGCAGAAGCACGCUUAGCAGAUCAGCUUGUCCGUUCUGGAUGUAUGACCGAGGCAGAGAUUGCAGAACAAUACCCACUUUUGGGAGUCCCAUUCACCGCUAAAGAAGCCCUACUUAUUAAAGGUUUGUCUAGCACAUGUGGUCUAGUCUGCAGAAAAGGACUGAAGGCGGAAGAAGACAGCGAGCCAGUACAGCGAAUGAGAGCUUCUGGUGCUAUACCUUUAGCCCUAACGAACACAAGCGAAAUCUGCAUGUGGUGGGAAACUUACAAUAAAUUGCAUGGGAGAACUAACAAUCCCUAUGAUACCACGCGAACUGUUGGUGGUAGUAGUGGUGGUGAAGCAGCUUUGAUUGCAGCAGCUGGUUCAGUUAUUGGUUUGGGCACAGACUUAGGUGGAAGUAUUCGCCUGCCUGCUUUCUUUACCGGUAUUUUCGGACAUAAACCAACUCAAGGAGUAGUCCCAAUUGCAGGCCAAUUUCCGCCAGCUUUGGAAGAAGUUCAACCUUACGUGGUUGUCGGACCAAUGACAAGAUAUGCUGUGGAUCUGAAGAUUGUCCUUUCUGCCCUCAUUGGUAAAGAAGAAACUCAACGGCUUCAGUUAAAUGCUCCUGUUGAUCUCCGAUCUGUGAAAGUCUAUUACAUGUUGGAUGACGGAGGAUUUCCUUGUCCAACUCCAGUUUCAUCGGAAAUUCAAGAGGCUAUGAAGAAGGUUGUUAGUAUGCUCUCUUUGGAAGGUUUAGUUGUUCAGAAAGUAAAUCUAGAAUAUAUUAAACUUGGAUUCCUAAUCUGGUGUGCUUACCUCUCCACCGUUAAAGAGCAGCGCAUAUCGAACAUAAUGAAGGGAUUAACUAAAUCUGCGGACGAGAACGAAACACUUCAACAAGAAAUGUUAAAAUGGUUUUCUGGUAAAUCUGAACACACCUUCCCCAUCAUCUUCAAUGCUUGUGCUCAGGACCACUUAGCUCCUGUUCUAAAGAAACCUCUUGAUAUCUGUAUCCGCUGUGGGGACAAGUUGAAGGAAGAACUGAAGCAAAUGUUAGAACCGGAGCCUGCAGUUUUCUUGUAUCCGACCUUUCCUCACGUUGCCGCGUAUCAUGGCCAGAUUUUAGCCAACCCUUUCAACACUGGAUACGCUGUAGUAUUCAAUGCCAUGGGACUGCCUGCUACUCAAUGCCCAUUAGGAUUAUCACGAGGCAUGCCUUUUGGAAUGCAGAUUGUAACAGCACCUGGGAACGAUCGGUUUUCUCUUUCCCUUGCGGAACACUUGGAGCAAAAGCUAGGUGGAUGGACACGACCAGGUUGACGCCAGGUUGUAUCUUAUUCAAAACUGUGAAUUUGUGUCAUAAACAUUUGAGGGUUCACUAAUUGCUCACUUCUUGGAAAAUGAGCAGUAUCAUCCAUCUGAAGGAUUGGAUUCAUCAGCUCUUUCGAAACAUGGGCAAACAGCACGAUUUCAAGUCAGAUUUGAAACGAUGGAAGUUGGAAUUACCUUACGGCUAGAUUCUUCCAGUCUGAUGCAAGACCAUGGAAAUGUAAUAUCACUUGAUACAUGCUAGCAUCAGGAUAGCUAGAAUCUGAAAGUUUCAGUGCUUGUAUAUAGAACUGAUCUAAUCUUCUGACUAGACACUCCUUAUAAUUAUUGGUUUUGUCUCAAAUUCUUCAGAUAUAAUAUUAUAGUCAGUCAUAUAAACUGUUGUAUAAAUCUCUCAGGUUUUCAUCUCACUUUUACCCUUUAGUCAUUUAACAUUGGGUGUCAUGUACAUUAUUGGAUGACUAGUUGUUUGAAUUUUAGUAGAAUGGUGACAUUUCAAAAUGACAAUAUUAUAUCCUAUCAUUAUUUACUGUGAACUCGCCUGCUAGUUUUAUCUUUGAACUGUUGUUAUUUAGUUUUCAUAGCAUUAAUAUGUAAAAUUGACUGUGUUCUGUUGUAAUUAAUGCUACAUUACAUUUGUUAUGUUAAGACAAUAUUUUUAUCUUUUUGAUAACUUGUUAUAUUCACUGUUACGUUUAGGUCUUGUUUUGACACCUUCAGAACUGAAGGACUAUAGCUUUGUUUUUUAACAGUUCAGUUCAAAUGUUUUUAACGAUUUUAUUCAAAUGUUCAUUUGCACUGCUCUUUGUAUAUUGUAAUGUGAUCUAAAGUUCCUAUUAAACUCUCUGCUAUGCUU